AUGUUGAGGCUAAAUCGAUUAAUAAAGCACGCAAAGAGCUGGAGUAGAGCUUCAACUUUUCUAUCAUCUCUACAACAAACACAAAUAGUAUUUGAUUCAUCUUUUCCUUGUCAACAUUUCUCUCAAACACAAAUUCGCUUUUUUGACAUUUACCAGAUUGGAAACAAAGCGGCCAUUGAGAAAGAGCGCGCCAGACUUGCAGAUGAAUUGAAUAGAGGGUAUUUCGCUGACCUUUCUGAGUUUAAGAAACAUGGUGGUAAGAUUGCAGUGGCGAAUAAGAUUAUAAUUCCUGCAGCAGCAGCAGUGAAAUUUCCUGAUGUCGAAGUGAACUACUCCAAUGGUACUUCUUUAAAGCUGCCCAUCAGGUCUGAUGGAAAUGUGGUUGGUGCGGAUGCAACAGCUUUUCCUAAUGCAACUUUAAUGUGUCUUUCAUUCCGAGCAAGCUCUCAGGCAAUGACUAAUUCUUGGAGUGUGCCUUUCCUUGAAGCAUUUCGUGAUGCAAAAGAUGUUCAGCUAUAUGAGGUGUCAUUUAUAGACUCGUGGUUCUUAUGUUUGAGUCCAAUCAAGAAAAUACUCCUUCGGAUGCUGAGGAAAUCCAACAGUGAUGGAAAUGAUUCACUUCAGAAGCAGAUUGUUUAUUCGUUUGGUGAUCAUUAUUACUUCAGAAAGGAUCUUAGAAUAUUGAACCUUCUCACUGGGUAUAUUUUCUUGCUUGACAAAUUCGGUAGAAUAAGAUGGCAUGGUUUUGGAUCAGCCACAGAAGAGGAAUUGUCCUCCCUUGUUUCUUGCACAUCAUUACUUUUAGAAGAGAAAUAA